UGUGAAGAAUGGUUUAAAUUCAGAAUAGGGUUUUACUUCCUCGUUUAAAUGAAACUCCGCUAUGACAACUGAUUGCAAUUUUCAACUGUUGUACAUUCUUUCUCUAAUUCUAUCGACGAAAGGAAAUGUGUACACUAGCUGUGAUUUUGAGGACGGUUUUUGUGGCUGGACAAACCGGAACUGGAAAAGAUAUGAACAUAAAUCACCGCUACAAGGCACGGGACCAGACAAAGCCUAUACGGGGAGAUUUUAUAUUUAUUUGCACGGAAGAGAGAUUGGAUAUAAUACCAUAGCAACUCUGGAAAUCGGUAAUAUUACAGGACCAACAACGUAUUGUCUGUUGUUUAAUUAUCACAUGAAGGGCUCACAUAUAGACAAACUCCAGGUGAAAUGGAAAGAUUCUCUAGAAGUAAUUUGGAAAAUAGAAAGCCAACAAGGCGACACGUGGAAUUGUGCCGCAGUUAAUGUAACCUCAAAAGAAAAAAGCAGCAUUCAGUUUCUUGGUAGAACAGGUAAAACAGACAGUGACAUAUAUGACAUCAUCGGACUGGAUAAUAUCAAACUCGUCUCUCCAACUGGCCACUUCUGUAAUCAGCUAGGUUGUAAUUCAUCUUUGACUCCAAGGACAACAUCUCCCCCUUCAUCAUCGUCAUCUGAAUCAACGACUUCAUUAAAAUUUGAAACGUCGACGGUCACAGCAGCUUCGUGGUUUGAGGACAAUAUUCCGUACUUGGUUGGAAUUCCCGCGGCAGUUUUACUAGUAUCAUUUAUUCUAAUUGGAGUCUGCGUUUUCCAGGCGCAUCAAAAAAGGAGUUCUAAGUCUACGCCAUCGAUUCCACACCUCGAAACACAAGUCGGAAUCGGACGAAUAACUGGUAGAAUGACCAACAGAUACGAUCAAAAUCCAACCAAUCAGUCUGCAGAAGACGCAGAAUACGUCUAUCCUGAAGACGUAGACCUUUAUCUGGAAAUAAGUCCUGACAAUGUAGAUUCAAAUAAUGUUGAAUCAAACAAUAUGUACCUAGACAUUAUAGCAGACGGACAACAGAACACACCUGAUGGCCUACAUAAUGGAGUUCAACCUACCAAUCAAUCUAUUAAAUAUAAAAAUACCGAAAAUGACUAUGUGGAACCUAUAUAGUGAAAUGAUUAUUUUUUUGGUUAUGAAUGAAAAGGAGUAUUUACAUUUCCAAAUAUUGUAUCGUUGGAAUGGCCUUAUGAGCUUGAAUACUGUUCGUCAUUUCCAUAUUUCGUGUAGAAAAGCAUUUUCGUGCAUGUACAUGAAUUGUAUUACAAG